AUGAGUCAGGUAUUCCAAGGAUAUGAGCGUCAAUACUGCGAGAUUUCUGCCAAUUUAUCACGAAUUUCUACAUCUGCUGCUGUUCUUGAUGGAGAACAGAAGAAACAGAAAGUUUCAGAAAUAGCAGGAGGGUUAGAGGAGGCUGAGGCUCUGUUGCGGAAAAUGGACCUUGAGGCUAGGAGCAUGCCGCCUGGCCUGAAAGCUUCGCUUCUUGCCAAGAUACGCGAAUAUAGAAACGACCUUAACAAUCUGAAAAGUGAAAUGAAGAGACUCAAGUCAGGCAAUGCUAAUCUGGCUGCUCGAGACGAGCUUUUGGACUCGGGAAGGGCAGACGCAAUGCAGGUGUCUGCUGAUCAGAGAGAGCGACUAAUGAUGACAACGGAGAGGUUAAACAAGUCGACAGAUGCAGUUAAGGAAAGCAGAAGAACAAUGCUGGAAACUGAGGAGCUUGGUGUUUCAAUCCUUCACGAUCUACACCAGCAGCGUCAGUCUCUCCUCCAUGCAAAUACCACCGUACGCCACUCCAUUUCUUUUGCUUCCGUUCUGUAA